AGCCAUUUUGGCUCAAGAACAGCGAGGUCCUGGCAGCCUCCCGCGCGGAACGCCAAGUGGCUUGCCCGAAGUUCCAGGACCGCACCUGUCGUAGAGCAUGACGAUCGGACCGCCGAAGCGCGUGUCGUCGCAGCAGGUGGAAUGCGAGAACGGCGAGUCUGGUGCCGCGUCUUCGCCAGAGGACUUAAGGCACGCACAGGCGUGGCUUCACAGCCGCCUGCGCGACCUGAACGAGGACGACUUCGAGGGAGGACUCCGCAUUUUCUGCACCAGUAACCUGGUGCUUCCAGAGGCCUUCCAGGACGUGUGGCACGUGAUCUCCAGGGACUCGGACAUACGCGAAGGUACACCCCUGCUCAGCGGGGAGGACUCGGCCAAUCUGCGCACCAUCCUGGUGUUCUGCAACCAGAACAGUUGCAACGAGGUCAAGAGGUUCUGCGACAUCAUCACGAACAUAGAUACGGGCACCCAGGACGCCCCGCCGAUGUUCUGGGUGCCCCACUCCGCUGCGCCUGGCUCCCAACGCCAGGACAACUCGGACUUAGUGAGGCCACAGCUGGUGGUUGAUCUCUUGUACAAGGGCGUGGACGGCAUCGUGAGCGGCGAGCCAGCGGGGCUGCGACUCUCCAUGGCCGUGCGCUCGAUGAUCCGCAAAUCGGCGAAUCUCUCGCGGAACCUGACCGACAUGGUCGCGGAGACCCGCUGGCGGACGCAGUACGCGGAGUAUUUGCAGCAUUGCACGCACGCGACCCUGUGGGACUACGUCAGGGCCCGCCUGGCGCCCGAGAUCCCGCCGAUCGAUCACAACCUUGAGCCCGGAGAGCCGCAUGAGCUUCCCGGCUACAUCAUCGGGAACAAGCUCGGACAGGGGAUGUUUGGGUCUGUCUACAAGCUGACGGAGAGGCCCGGGGUGGGCAACAGGGUCCAGGUUGUCAAGGUGGUGUCCACUGAGGCAAUUAAGGAAAUAAGAGAAUUGAUGAACAUCAACCGCAUGAUCCGCGUGAUGCAGAUGCUGAGCGACGAGAAGACGCGCCACCCGAACAUUAUUCGCCUUCACCAGACAUACCACUCGCCGACGCACAUCAUCUUUCGACUGGAGUACGGGGGCCCAGAGAACUUGCACCGCCGCCUGCUCCACCGCCAGGCACUUCAGCCGGAGAAGCAGCGACCACUGAGUAUCGACAGGGUCGUGAAGAUCACCUCGCAGUGCGUCGAGGCAGUGCGGCACUUGCACGCAGUGGUGCAGGUCUGCCACCGCGACAUCACGACGUACGACAAAAAACAAAGGGAGGGACAAGCUAUUAUCCCACCGUUGAAAGAAUGUCGACAUUUUUUCCAUUGAGCCUCAAACUAUCCACAGGUGUUCAAGGUCGGCUCAGGAUGAUCAUGCCAGAAGCGACAAACUCAUUAUUAUUCAAUAUUGCGACGACAGGGAUGACACUUGAUAUACCAAAGCCGUGGUCAAUGCAGUAUUUUCCAGCGCACAGCGUACCUCCAGCUUGGCAGGGGAAUCUUCAGGUACACCAGUCGAGAAGGUUGAGAGGUAAACAGUCAAUACACAGCAGGGGUCAAACGAGAGACGGAGUUUUGAAUAUAAAAGAACAUCCUCGAGUUCGGCCAAACCACAACACAUUGAAAGCUGUGUUCAUUGACUUACUGACCGAAGAUGAUAGGGCGCUCCUCAAAAAGAUCAAAACAAAUUUUCAUCGGAGGAAAGAAGAGAGACUGCUUUUUCAUAACAUAACGGCGAAGGAUGAUGAGUCUAUGCAUUUAUUCUUGACCCCAUUUGAUCAAGCGUUGGCCACGAUACUCAAAUGUGCGAGAUGUGAAAGAGAUAUCGAACUACGCAGAGCAGAAGGUGAACAAAUUGUCGCAUGGAGUCACGCAGCAAAAACGUGCCCUGGACGAUGGAAUAUUGGAGAGAAAACUUUGGAGGAAUGGCAAAAACUUUCAACACGUAGAUACAGCACGCAUGCCAAGUAUAUUGAGGAGUACAACUUGGGAAAUCAUGAUAAGAAAGAUUCUCGUCGACAUCUAUUAUUCAGUAUGCAGAGGAAUUUCACUAUGAGAUAUGCGUGUCGGAGACCUUUGUGUAAGUUGAACUGCCAAGGAUUGAACACGAAAAGAAUACGAUACUAUGCGGAGACAACUUGUACUGGCAUGGUUACUGAUGAGGAAAGAAAUGGUGGGGAGCAGAUCUACUAUCUCAAUAUGGACAGAUGUGACAAGCUACCUGAGGCUCAGCUGAGCCAAUGCGCUUGCAUGGGGAACGGUAACCCAGAGUUCGGCUACCGCGCCGUGAACCAGUUCACACACAUCAAGCCAGAAAAUAUCACUGUCAAUGAGACGCCCGAGACCACCACCAUCAAGCUGGCCGAUUUCGACCUCUCCGUCAUCAUCCAGGACGACAGCAAGAUGUGCCAGAGCCCCUGCGGCACCGUGCCCUUCGCCGCCCCAGAGGUGCUUCGAGAUGUUCCCCGCGACGACCCCUGCCCAGCGGACAUCUGGAGCCUGGGCGUCCUGCUCGCGGAGGUAUUCUGCGGGGUGUGCGUGGUGGAGCUCGCGAUCAAGGACGCAGAACCAGAGGUGCGGCCAGAGGGCGAAAACACAACGCUCAUCGAGUGCAUCCGGACCUUCUUCCAGAUGCCUGCCGCGGUUGCCAACAUGCUGGAGAAGAGCUGCCGCCCAGAGCUCCGCUCACUGCUGCCCACCUGCAGCGCGAUGCUCACCGGGAUGCUGGUGGUCGACCCCACUCAGAGGAUGGAGGCCGACGACGUCCGCUCCGUGGUGGAGCAGGGCUUCGCGCCGCUGGCCCUGGGGCCCGUCGCGCCCGCGGGGCCGAUGGCGCCCGGCGGUCGGCGGCGGCGCGCCCCGCCGCGCGGAGCUGCGGAAGGCGCCCCGGCAGCGGGCGUCACACCGCGAGGCCCUCUGCCGCCCGCUGCGCGCGGCGGGGCGCGUCGCGCCCCGCCCGCCCGGAGUCGCAGACGAUGCCGCGAGCCCCUUCCGUUACUCAUUGAGCGCGUUCUACUGCUCCUCCCUCCUCCCUCCUCCCCCCCCCUCCUCCUCCUCCUCCUCCCUCUUCACCGGCCUCGACGUAGUAGAUCGCAGAUCCCCCGCUGCAGAUCCAGGCCGCUUUGGCAGUACAGUUACCUUGCGAAUGGUGGGACGCGCCCGUCUAUAGUUGCCCGCGCCCCAGUGGAAGGCCUCCAUCUGCAGCGUGGCGCAGGCAGCGCUGGCUCCUCCGUACCGCGUCCUGGACGUAAAUCAGGACCAUCAUUUCUUCAUGUUAUGGGCAGUGGAGCCGAGUGUGCCCCGAAUGCUGUUUCAAGAUCCCGACGACUCUUUGAGUUGCACGCACCAGAGCUGGGCGGUCUUCUUGGAUUUUUAGCCAGCCGCCAGGGUUCGCACGCAGGGGCGCAUAGUGGAGGGACCCGGAGGCGAGAGAAGAGGAGGAGGAGGAGGAGGACAUACCUCCAUUUCUACCCCACCUCUGAU